AUGAGCACGACUUCUGACGACACGAUUGCCGGAUUCAUCCGUGCUCCGAUCAACGGCGACCUAGCGCAGCCGGACUGCGUGGAGCAUUGCAACAGGUUCAAGUAUUGGCUCCAAGACAAGAACGUCGGCAUAGGAUCGCUAAACAAUAUUGUCGAGGCGAUUGCCGAGAAGACGGAAACUUGGAUCCCUGGAAUCUACAGCGCUGACGCCUUCCCUGAGGAGGUGUAA